AGGGGACGACGGGAACUUUGCCUCACUUCCGGAAGUUUCCGGAUGUCGAUAAUGGGAGCUUCGUGCUGAGUUUUACGCUAUUGUCAACAAAUGAUUUGAGAUAGGUGGAGUUUAAAGUUAAAUGAGAGACCAAGUUUAUUUUUUAAAGGAUACGAAAUAAAAAACAACCACAGGACCACUGCCUGAACCUAUCAGCAUUUUGCGAUAAGGUUGGGGAUUUCUGUUGUUGAAGCAACGUAACUGAAACCGAAUCGUCCUGAAUGUUCUGCUUGGCUGUGUAAACGAUCGGUUGCGCCUGCGGUUAUGGACAAAGACAUGCAGGGAGGGGUUCCAGAGGCAGCAGCUGGGGGUACAACAGUAGGGAGCACCACAGCGCAGAGCCGAUCAGAAGACGAGGAGUCUGCAGGUGGUAAAGAUAUCAAAAGAACAGCCACUCAAGCCUUCAGUGGGGGCGUCCCUAAACGCAGGAGUUCCUCCAGGUCCAUCAAGCGAAAGAAGUUUGAUGAUGAGCUGGUGGAGAGUAGCUUGGCCAAGUCGUCCAGCAGAGUGAAGGGCCCUCCUUUGAUUGAGCCCACUCGCUGCUCAGGGAGUGAACCCUCCUCCGGGGAGAAGAAGAAGGUUUCGAAAUCCAGCUCAACCCUAGCCGCACCCCUAACCAUGGUGGUCACACCUCCUUCUAUGACCAAGAGGGUGAAGAAGAGCAAACAGCCUCUGCAGAUCACUAAGGAUCUGGGGCGCUGGAAGCCAGCAGAUGACCUCCUGCUCAUUAAUGCCGUGCUUCAGACUACAGAUUUGACCUCAGUCCACCUGGGGGUUAAGUUUAGCUGUCGGUUCACCUUACGGGAGAUCCAGGAGCGGUGGUAUGCCCUGUUGUACGACCCUGUUAUCUCAAAAUUGGCAUGGCAGGCUAUGCGACAGCUCCACCCAGAGGCCAUAGCAGCUAUCCAAAGCAAAGCGCUCUUCAGCCAGGCAGAGGAGGCGCUUCUGGCCAAGAUCAGCUCGAACAGUCAGCCCAAGCAGGAAGUGUUCCAGGAACUGUUGAAUAAGCACCCAGGUGUGUUCUACCCCUCGCGGACCCCCAAGAGCCUCAUGCUGCAUUGGCAGCUCCUCAAACAGUACUACCUUCUGGAGGACCAGAGUGUUCAGCCCCUGCCUAAAGGGGACCAGGUGCUGAACUUCUCAGACGCGGAGCAGUUAGUGGACGAGGCUAAGCUCAAGGAUAGCAGAGAUGAGGUUUUAGAACACGAGUUAAUGAUCUCCGACAGGCACCAGAAGAGGGAGAUCAGGCAGCUGGAACAGGAGCUUCCACGCUGGCAGGUUCUGGUGGACAGCAUCACGGGGAUGAAUUCCCCCGAUUUUGACAACCAAACCCUCGCAGCGUUGCGUGGACGCAUGGUGCGCUACCUCAUGCGUUCCCGGGAGAUCACAUUGGGUCGUGCCACAAAGGACAAGCAGAUAGAUGUGGAUCUGUCUCUGGAGGGACCUGCAUGGAAGAUCUCCAGGAAACAAGGGAUCAUCAAGCUAAAAAACAACGGUGACUUCUUCAUUGCCAACGAGGGCCGGAGGCCGUUUUACAUCGACGGCAGACCGGUGCUGUCUGGAAACAAGUGGAAACUCAACAAUAACUCUGUGGUGGAGAUUGCAGGUCUCAGGUUCGUCUUCCUCAUCAACCAGGAGCUGAUAUCCCUCAUCAAAGCAGAGGCAGCCAAGAUGAGCCAGCAGUGAUGGUGCGCAGGCAGCAUGUCUGUGGCUGUGAGGCACGUGGAGCUGUGUCUUCAUGCCUAAACGGGACCCAGGAUGCAGGACCCUGAAAAAGCCGGAGUCCAUGGCAGAAAUCGGAAUACCUUCCUGCAGUGCUGCAGGCAGCUGCAGGACCGUGCCACUGCGCAUGGACGCCUCUGGAGCUCAAGGCUGCAGUUCAGGCUCUUGAUUAGCCCCAAUUCAAGGACUUAACCGCAUAGAUUACGUUUUAAACAGAUUAACUUUGAGCUUUUGUCCCCCCUCAGUGCCUACAGAAAACACUUGGGUUACAGUAAGAGCCCCCACCUCUUCAGCCAGUGCAGAGCCUUUGGAUAACAGAAAGCAAAAGUUGUGUAAGAUCGUCAAGUCAGUUUUUGUUGCCAUCUUUAUGAAAAUAAAGAAUAAUAGUGUAA